AUGAUUUGUUUUUUCAGCAGCUAUGUUCUUGAAAGAAUUCAGAAUAUUGUAAUAGCUACUUCUACCAUUACUUGUAUAUUUAAUAAAAACACGGAUAUAGAUGUUGACGAUGGUGGUGCUUUAUUGUUUCUCUUGUACAAAUAUGAAUAUGAGUUUAAAUAA